GACAAUGUUUCAUCACGCUCACAUUCAGCAGCCCGCGUUCUUCGCUCUCUUGACGUGUUUCCGGUUCCGGCUGGGUGUCAUGGCGCUAGAUACAGCCCGGGAAAUGAUGGAGGAUGAGGAGUUGGAAGACGGGGAGCUUAGCGGCUCUGACACAGAUAUGAGAUCGUCGGGCGCGGGGGACAGAGGGCAGCAGAAAACCGAUUCAAUCGGCACUUCAUUCAGUUACCGAAGUAAUAGUUCCCACUCAAAUAAUGUCCCCUACCGAAUAAUGAAAGGUCUGGACUCAAGCGAAGACAGUGCAUCUGAUUCUGAUGACGAAGAUGGUUCUUCGUGGAAACGUAAGCGGCAGAAGUCUACCCACCCAGCCCCUAAAAUGGCCAGACCUCUUCCUAUAUUGCAGGGCCAACAAAGGCCUAUUAGCACAGGGGGCACAAAACGUAAUAAUGUUUGGGGAGCUGUCCUUCAGGAGCAGACUCAAGAGGCUGUGGCAACUGAAUUGGGUAUUAUGGACAUGGAAGGGCAGCUGGAUAUGAGCAGACAGUCUGAGACAUACAAUUAUGUGCUUGCCAGGAAAUUGAUGGAAAAAUCAACCAAGGAGGAAGAGCUGAAGCUGGACAAAGAAUUAGAUGAGUACAUGCAAGAGGAUAAAGAAUCUGCUCCAAAGGAGGAAAAUGGGCACCUCAAGAGGAAGCGGCCCAUUAAAGAAAGACUGGGAGAAAGGUUAGAAAUGGAGUACAAGGGCAGAUAUGAAAUAACUGAAGCUGACUCAGAAGAUAAAGUCUCUGAUGAAAUUGCAUAUAGACUCCGAGAGCCAAAGAAAGAUUUAAUAGAGCGGGUUGUAAAAAUACUUGGAACCAAGAAGGCUAUUGAGUUGCUUAUGGAAACUGCAGAAGUGGAACAGAGCGGUGGACUCUUCAUUAUGAAUGGCAGUAGGAGGAGGACUCCUGGAGGAGUAUAUCUGAACUUAUUAAAAAAUACACCAAGUAUUACAUCAGAUCAAGUGAAGGAAAUAUUUUAUGUAGAAAACCAGAAGGAAUAUGAGAGUAAAAAGGCAGCCCAAAAGAAAAGGCGGCAUUUAAUUGGGAAGAAGAUGAAGGAAGCCAUCAAAGGCUUUAACUUCCAAGAUCACGACGACACCUCGAGAGAGACGUUUGCAAGUGACACCAAUGAAGCGCUGGCUUCUCUAGAUGACGAACACACGGAAAUGAAAGCAGACACAGAGGAUGCCAUUGAGAUCGACAACUCCCAUGACCUUGAGACUUUUUAAUGGCAUUUGCUGGACAUUGUAAAUGGCUUUAUUACAUUUCAAAGCUGCAAAAUAUAGAACAUUAGGGAGCAAAGCUGUUAAUGAAAGACUGCUGCAUAGGAGAAACAAUAGAUUAGAAAUGAGAAGCAUCGUUUCUAAUUGGUGGCACCACCAUUGUUUUGUUAACUUUGCCUUGUGUUGCCUUUAUUAUCAUACAUAUUAGUGUCCACUAAAAAUCAAAGUUCAAAUAAGCUUUUAUAGUCCUAUACAUUAAAUCUAAUCAUCUAGAAACUGACCGUGACCCAAAACUUCAAACAAAUACAUUUGUCAUGUUGACAUCAGAACAGGAAGUUGGUAGCAUUUUAUUGCCCCAGCAAUCAACCUCCCAUUCAAAGUAAAUUGGAUUUGCCAUGAUCUUGAUCUGUCCUGUCUAGUGACGGGCGCAAAUUACUUGAAAACAUUUUUGUGUUGCGCACUUGUCACCAGACAGGACAAAGCACCAUUUUGGCAUUUCCUAUUCUCUUUUGAAUGGGAGGGAGGUUUAGAAUAUUUUGCCUCCUUCCCUCGGAGUGAUAAAUCACUGGGGCUACUGUGUUCCACUGUCAUUAGCCUGCUAGUUGCUGUGAUUCCAAAACUAUCAAGAAUUGGCCACAAGAAUAUAUACACGACCUCUGAGUUCCUUACAGCUCCACUACAUCACUGCUAGUCACUCUUUCUUCAACCCUCUUAUACAAGUGUGUUGGAGCUGGCUGCUUCAGAACAUUCCACUAUUACCGCCACCUAUAGAACUUUUAAAAGAGGGGCUUCAGCAGGCUCAAACUUCUGCUCGUUGUUAAAAUUAUACAGUGUUGAAGAUAAUAUUUACAUAUUCUAGGGAUGCACUGAAUCUGCGAUUUUGGGAUUUGGCCGAAUUGUGAAAUAUUAAGCCAAAUACUGAGCUGAAUUGAAAUCCUUAUUUGCAUAUACAAAUUGAGCUCAGGAAGGGAGAAAGAGAACCCCGUAUGUAGUUAAAACAAUGUUUAAAUUCCUGUUUGUAUAACGAAAAGUCACGUGACUUUAAGGAUUCGGUUUGGCCAGGCACGAGGAUUCACCCCAAUUCCAAAUCCUGUUGAAAAAGACCAAACAGAAUCCUGAAUUCGGUGCAUUCCUAAUUAAUUCCUGUUCUAGGCAGGUAUUGACUAAUGGCAGAGACACGCGGCAAUUUGGGGAGAUUAAUCACCCGGCGAUAAAUCUCCUCUUCUUCGGGGCAACUAAUCUCCCUGACCUGCCUUCCCGCCGGUGAUUUUCUGGCACUCUGAGCAAUUCGCUUUCCGAAGUUCUUGUGAGGGCGACUAAUCUCCCCGAAUUUCCCGUGUGUGUCUCUGCCCUAAAGGAUUGUGUGCCCCCUGCUAAAAGGAUAUCCGACAUCAAACCUUGGAGUUUUGUGACUGAAAGCAGUUUCUUGAUUUUGUAACUUACAAUAGGGGAAUACUAACCUUAUCGCAGAAUACAAUUAACUACAAUGCUUUUGCUAUUGAACUUGAAUUGUUUUUUGCUUUUGCGAUGUUUAUUAUGUUUAUAAAAUGAAGGCAUUUUACUGCUUCAGUUUAAUUGGAGUAUUUUUUGUUCUUUUAUUUGCAUGUGAUGGGCAUGCUGAAAAGUACAAAGAAUUACAAACUGCCCCCAUAUGUAGAUACAUUUUGCUUUCUCUGCUUAGUUAGUUAGGAACACAAUGUGUGUGCAAUGUCAGUGUCUGGCUGUACCAUCAUUUCAUGGAUUCAUAAUGCCACUACUACACAGUCGCUAUGUUGUACAUGGAGAUCUGAUUAGGUUUUGUUUUUCCAAUGGAGGUAAUAAAUUAUUUAGACACUUUUUCUAAA